CUGGUUUUCCAUAUUUUGAGCAGUAAAAUAAUAAUAGCCGCCAGGUGGGAGAGGUCUCCAGUUAAUCUGAAGAUGUUCAUUGCUCCGACACUGGUUAUAAGAGAAGUGACCUACAGGAAGGAAGUGCGAGAAUUAUUUCACCACUGCAUUGAGUAAUGAGAUCACAGGAGUUGAGCAGAGAAAGGCUACAGAGACACAGAGGACAUUGGGGAAAUGAACAGGUUUCUGUUACUUUUUCUAACUGUAAGCUUUGUUUCAACAGCAGGUAAGAUCUUUACAGUGUGGCUUUUUUGGUAAUGAUUUGGCUUGUGAUCUACCCUUCUCAAAGUUGUCAGAGACAGUGCUAUAUUAGUGCAUGUGAUUAAUACAAUAUAAGAGAAGUGACCUACAGGAAGGAAGUGCGAAAAUUAUUUCACCACUGCAUUGAGUAAUGAGAUCACAGGAGUUGAGCAGAGAAAGGCUACAGAGACACAGAGGACAUUGGGGAAAUGAACAGGUUUCUGUUACUUUUUCUAACUGUAAGCUUUGUUUCAACAGCAGACAGGAUGGGAAGCACACCAAGCUGCAUUGUGGGGAUAAACCAGCCAAACGAGAUGAUGUCGCAGGACAGCAGUGACAUCAUUCUUCUUUGUGAUGUCAAUAUCAACUGUUCGUUAUUUAGUUCUAAUUCUAAUGAAACCCUUUGGUUUGUCUUCAACGAGCACUCACUCUAUAACAACCCAAUCAACCUGCCAGCACAAAGUUACAAGUACAGCCUGGCAGGACACUCUUUGAGGGUCCGCUCUCUCCACACCAACGACAGUGGAGUUUACCACUGUGCAAUCGUGCUCCAAGGAGUAGUGCAUCAAGGAGCACAGGAGAUAGGACGAGGAACCAAGCUGGUGGUGAGAGAUAUGCCGGUGGUUUGGCACACUCUUUUGUGGUUUUUGUUGGUCCUGCUGGCCCUAUACAGCCUUGCUGUGGUGGUUGUGAUCAUUCUGAAGAAGUCUGAGCAAAAUUUUACCAUUUGCAGAGGAACAAGCACAAAAUGUGAUGAGAGAAACACUGUCACAAAAACAAAAAGAGCCCAAUUCCGGGCUGUUGUGCAAGAGUUGUAUGGUAGGAAGAACGCACAGAACCCUAAGCGUUCAUCUCAGACUAAGGUAGGCUUGAGACGGAAGAUCCUCUAUUACAUCACACUGCGAUUCUGUAAGACUUAGUUGUAAAAAAACUUGUGUAGUUCACCCUUUUUUUGUUUUUCUCGAACAUUCUAUUUGUAAUCUCUCCCCUCCCCCCCUCCAAAAAAACCUCAUCCACUCAAACAUUAAUGUAAUGUCUUGUAAGAAAUACAGCAUGGUGUUUCCUGGGUUUACAACUAAACAACAUAACCCUAACCCUUUGCAGGUUCAAGGUCCUCAGUCCAACAAUCCAGCAGAUGACAUAUAUCAAAAUAUGUGAAUACCAUCAACUGAACCGAAUGUCAGUAAACAUUGAAAGUAUUUCAUGCUUCUACCCAGAGGGACUACGGUGACAGUUGGGGACUAAGAAAUAACUUUGCCUAGAAUGUCCUCGUACUAUGUAGGCUAGACUUCAAAUAUAUGAAACUUGUAUAUAAAUAUAUAAACGCCAAGCAUGUAAACUCUACAUGGUCAUUGCGAAGACGAAGUAGGACUGGGAUAAUGUUAGUUAUAAUGUUACUUGUAUAACUUUGUACCACCAAUGUUUUACUACUAAAAACUGUCUGAUGAAGGGGACGUUUUCUAAUCACUACUGAAAA